AUGGCAAGAGAUGUUCCAACGAGCCGUAGAGCGGUCUUGCUCGCCAUUUUCAUCGCGUUUGGUGAGUUUAUUCUCGUCACUGCCAUCCUGCGCUCAUUGAACUCUUCCUUGCAGGAGAUUGACACCUACGGUGAUACAGGCUUCCUGUUUGGGUAUGAUAUGGGCGUCAUUUCCGGAUGUCUGAUUAUGCCAGACUUUAUUCGCCGAUUCGGCCAAGAAGGAACGGAUGGUCAGUACUACCUGUCAAGUUCGAGACAAUCGAUCAUCGUCUCUCUUCUGUCGGCCGGCACGUUCUGUGGAGCCAUCGCUCAAGCGUUCACAUCUGAUCGGCUUGGACGCCGCGGAUCCAUUCUGUUCUGGUCGGCUAUCUUUACUGUUGGCGUGGCUAUCCAAACUGGCACGACAUACUCUCUCGUUCAGUUGGUAAUAGGGCGUUAUAUCGCAGGUUUAGGUGUUGGUUCAUUAUCAGCUAUUGUGCCCCUGUACAACGGAGAAACGGCACCGAAAGCUAUUCGUGGCACGAUCUUGGUCAUCUAUCAAGUUCAAAUUAUCUCGGGCAUAUUUUUGAGUUAUGUACUUGAACUUGGAAGUCACACAAUUAACAACUCCACGUCUUGGCGACUCCCUAUUGGAUUGCAAAUGGUCUGGGGCAUCAUACUUUUAUCUGGAAUUUUUUUCCUUCCAGAAUCUCCCCGACACCUUCUAGGAACUGGACGAGGUGACGAAGCGCGCAAGGUAGUUGCAGAACUCAACGGAGUUCCUGAAGACGACCCUCUUGUUAUUGAGAUUGUCGAGGAACUCGAUUUUGCUAUCAGAGCAGAGAAUGAGGGUGGCAAAGCGACUUGGUUAGAAUGCUUCUCUACGAGAAAUGCACUGUGGCGUCGGACAAUCAAUGGCAUGAUGCUUCAAUUUAUUCAGCAGCUUAACGGCCAGAACUUUUACUACUACUAUGGCGACACCUUCUUUCAGAGUGCAGGUGCAGGGCUUUCACCUUAUAUCAUCCAGACAGUUCUUGGAGCUGUGUCAGUUUUUGGAACUCUCCCCGCACUGUACUUCAUCGAGGCUUGGGGUCGCCGAAAGUCCCUUCUACUUGGCGCAUUUGCGCAAGCUGUCUGUGCACUAAUCGUUGCUGUGGUUGGGCAUACCACCCUUGCACCUACCGGAACACCAACUUCGGCACUUACUGCUCGUAAUAGAGCUGGGGGCGACGUCGUUAUCGCUUUUGCAGUAUUUCAAGUGUUCAGCUUCGGUACGACUUGGGGACCUACUCCGUGGGUGUACCUUGGGGAGUCUUUCCCUCUUCGAGUGCGCCCCAAGUCAAUUGCUCUCGGCAGCGCUACAAACUGGUUCUGGAAUUUCAUGCUUUCGUUCUUCUCUCCAAGGAUUGUCGAUCGGAUUGGUCCAAUGAUAAUGAUGGUCUUCUUCGGCAUGCUUGUCUUUGGAUAUAUCUACGUGUAUUUUGCCAUUCCUGAAACCAAAGGUUUAACUUUAGAAGAGGUGGACGAGUUGUACCGCUCUGGCAUUCCGCCAUGGCGAUCAGUAGGCUGGCGACCGAGUGAGAAGCAUCAUCACGAAGUGCAUGAGAAAGGAACUUCGGACUCGGUGGAGAAACCCUGAAGAUAUAUAUGCAUCGCAAUACUACGUAUUGAUAUGAUAGUAUCCAUGUACUUGUACGCUGACCAUGUUAUUCCAAACGAUGUGUAAGUUA